AUGAAUACUUUUUGUAGGAUUUUUGUCAAUGAAACUGACUCUGUUUGCUAUAAUAUUAUAUUUUGUAUAUUUCAGGAUGAAACACCAAUGCCUGCGAAACUGAGCCUGAGCAAAUCCGUGAAGGAACACAUGAAAGCACCAGAAGGAAGUGAAGAAGGAAGAGAGCUUGUGAUCAACGAGAACCACCCUGAAGGUGAAGCAAUCUCACUUUCCUCUGAUGAUGAGGUGGAACUCGAAGUCAUUGAAGAGGAGACAACCGCAGUCCGCCUGAAAAGAAGCAGCAUGAAGCGUAUGGAUGAUUUCAAGAAGGCAUUUUCCAAAGAGUCAGUGGAAAAAGCUAAGCAAAGGACAAGGGAAAACCUACAGAAGACCAGGCUGAGAACCAAGGUGAAUAUGGAGAAGACCAGACAAGCAACAAGGGAAAAUCUGCAGAAGACGAAGCACAACUUUGAAAAGAAAAUGAACAAGCUUGGCAACAAGAUCGUAACUCAAGAAAGGAGAGAGAAGCUGAGGGACUCAAGAGCAAGACUGAAGAAGUCCUUUACGCCAGAUCAUCAGAAAACAGCGAGGUGUCGGACAACCGUCUACAGAAUUCCACCAUUUACAUUUUGGGUUAAGAAGAUGAGAGAUGGAGAUGUGGUGGUCCAGGAGGUGGAGAUGAUGGAAGGCCAGGGAGAGGAACACAUGAUAGAAAAUGAAGACAACACUGAGCUCCUUAUUGAAGAAAUCCCCGAGGAAUCACUGGAGGAAGACAGAGAUUCAGAGGAGACCGAACUUCUACUGGUUCAGAAAAGAGGAAUUGAGUAAUGACUGUAUUUAGUGGACGUGAAGUCAUGUGAUUCUUGCUAGUUGGCUAAAGCAAAUGAACCGAAGUGGAGGAGUGAAAAGUUUCGGGAAUAGUUGAUUGUUAAAGAAUGGGUAAAUUAAGAAAUGGUUGUUACGCAACCUGGUAAUCUUAGUCUUGGUUCCAGCAACUCGCGACCAGCAAGCAUUGCUCUGGUUAGAUAAAGCAUGCUGUGUCUUCUUCCCCGGUAAAAUACCGAACAGAAUUCAAUGUUUAAAUCAUUGCAAUUUGAAGAAACAGCCUUCUAAAUGUAUACUUAUGCCUUUUUAAUCUGAAAUUACGAGCAAAUUAAGUAAUAAUUCAACGUGAAGGGGAUCAACGUUGUUUUCAAGGUAAUAAACAUAUUUUAAAAAAUUGACGCUUGCUUUCCAAUCUGAUAUGAAAAAUUAUAAUCUUGAGAAUGCUAAUAAUUUGUAUUUUGGGGAGAAGCUUGUAUAUAAUGAAAAAUUUUAAAGGUAAAGACAUUUUUCGAACUAUUAUGAAGAUUAAUACAAGUCAUUAUCAACCAGAGUUUAUUUUCUUUUGGAAUUCAUAAUCUUAUUUUAUUAAUUAAUUACUUUUCCCAAGAAACAUUAGACAUGAUAUUGUGCUGGCCAACUCUAUCAAACUAUGAGAAACCUAAUCACAGCAAUAUUCGUAAAGCUUGGUGAAAAGUGAGAUGUUAUUUGCCUUCUUUUCCAGUUGGAGACAAAUAUCAUUAGGUCUUGAACACUGUCAUCCGGAACUAGAUUAUCAAGCAGCAAUGCAGAAUAAAAUGUAGAUCAAUAGCCUUUCUAAAGUAAGUUUACAGUACAUUAGCUUGUGGUAACAGCUGAAAGUGUUGAACGAAUAGACAAACAGGCCAGGCUGUUAAGGGCUAAAUUAACCUUGUUAUGAGCCAGGAAUAGAUUUGGCACAUUAGGAUGUAAAAAGAAGGCCAGAGAAUGGGGAAUGAUUCAGAAGAUUAUCAUGCAUCAUAUUAUUUUGGCAAUAGAACUUCUUAAAAGUACAACAAAAUGUUGCUCUUGCCAACAAGUGAGAAUGACACCUUGUAUGGCGUCAUUGCUUUUUGUCUAUAUAAAAUGAAACAUGUUCUGCAUUCAUCACAUAGCUGGCGUAUCAAUUACAUGGCCUAUCUUACCUUUACAGUCUUGUUUAAUUUGCUUUUAUACACAGUAACCAUAGUAAUAGGCAGAGGUGUAACACAUUGCAUGUCACUGUCAUUAAAACCGCAUCACUCAUAUAAUAAGUUCUUUUAGAAUUUAUAUACAUUAUGAAUCAUUUUUCCCAUUAGCAGCUGCUUAAAAGUCAUAGAAAAUAGUUGAUGCUUUGUGGAAGUAACCUUUUGAUUGCUGCAAAGGAGAUUUUGCACCAUAUCCAAAUACCUUUAAACAUAUUUUUUUGGUCUAUAAUUUUACAGUGUUUAGUCAUACACUACUGUUUUUAAACUGCAUUCAGAAAUAUACAAGGCUAUUUUGCAUUUAUCUAGAAUCUAUUAAAAAUCUUAUAUCCACAUAUACCAUUACCUUUUUGCUAUUAUAAAUUCAUCGGUGUAAUGAAAAUACCAGCUAUAAACCUGUCCUGGUGUAAUGACAUCUUCCUGCCACUAGAAGCUUUGUGGUAACAUCUUUGUCAGGGACCUCUAAUCACAGCAUGACCACCUCAUAUCAGCAGUACACAUUAUAAAUGUAGACAGAGUAAGUUUUAACAAAAAUAUAAAACUAAACACAAAAUAUAUAACUUCAAAAUGACAACUGGAUUACAACUGUACUCUGUUAUUCAACCACCAGCUUCCCAUUAAUGCUGCUUCCCAUAACAGGGUAUAAGAAAUGCUCAGUCUUGACUGAACAUGUGUAACACCUUAAGUAAGGUUUUCCCAAACAAAAUUAGAAGCAAAGCGUAAGUGAUUAUUUAGCCUUGAAAUUAUACUGUACAAUAGUUACAAAUGAAAACUUAAUGUAUUUCAUAUGAAAUUCUGUCAUCUGCUAAUGUAAUUAGUUCAUUUGUUUUUAAGUCGUUGGUUAUUUUUUCUGCUCAAAUAACAGACAAAGAAAUUUCACACAAAUUUAUAAAAUUCUUAAAGACAAUACUGUGCAAUAUAACUUCAAAGUUGAUAUUUCAAAUGUUUAUUUAGUUUGGAUUCCAUAAACAGAUUUCUGCUGGUAUUGCAUGGUAUUUGGAAGUAGACAGUUCCAGUAUUUUGGAAUUAUAUAUUUUGUGACUUGUAAAUAAUUAACAUGUUGCAAGCACUAUAUUUGAAAAAUGCACAAAAACGUAUCUAAUAUUUAAAUGCUUUCUGCCUGCUGGGAACAGUAUAACAUCAUAACUUUUAAGGAAUUGGAAAAGGCCAUCAGGGCUAAUGUGCCUGACCUAAAUAAAUGGGUCAAACAGACACAGCUCUCACCAUAUAUCACAAUCCCGCCACCCCCUCCCCGCCCUCAACCUUUCCAAAAGCAUACCCAAAUGUCUAUUUGUUGCAUUUAUACUGUCAGUUUCAACGAUCUUUACUAUUCCACAAUAUACCUCCUGUUGACCAUUUUUCUGUCGAUGCACAUCAGUGAUGCUCCAAUGUGCUUUGAUACCUCCUCGCAUCUUAUAAAUUCUUGUUUAAAUUAGGUUAUUUUUAUGGAUAUAUGUUUUGAUUUUAUUUCAAUGCAGUCUUGUCCAAAUGCAAAGCAAGUACUAGCUGUUCCAUGCUUGUAGUAAGUGCCUUUCAGCAAAAUCCAAAUUUUCAAAGUGUACAUUUCCACCAAGUGUCAAUAUCAGUCUGAAUGCAAACCAAUAAAUGGAUAGCAUGUAUUGGUAAAAUUUAUGACUGUAUCCUGGAGAUCAGCGUGAAGCAAGAAAACAGAUAACAUGUAAUAUCUGUAUGAAAGAAACAUACAGAAAAACAGAAUUGAUAUUUAGCUUAUAACUUUUUCAAUACAACAGCAGUGUUUAUGAAUAUACACUUCAUGCAGAUUUUAAAUCUUUGCCUUCUAUAUAUUGUAUUUUUAAUGUGGGCAAAUGCUUAACAAUUCAUAAUAAAAACAAUCUCAUAUACAAGAA